CUGAAAAAUCUUCUUCUCCCUUCACAAAUCACUUUGGCUUUAAGAUUUGGAGCUCUCAUUUAGAGGGGAAUCAUAAGAUGUGGAGUUUUAAGGUGGCUGUGGUAGUUCUGGGACUGCUGGCUAUGGCGGAGCAGUCCAUGCAGCUGAGUUUGAGGCACCGUCUUCAUGGUGUCAUCAGAAAAAUCAAUGAGGAAGGACCUUACCUGGGCCUUGUUUUGGUUUCAGACACCAACGAACAAGCUCUUCAAGAAUCUAAUGUCUUUGUUCCCAGCAACUUCUUCCCAACUGUUGCAUUGGCUGGAAGAACGUUCCACGUUGGCAAGAUCAAGGGUGCUGAUGUUAUAUAUGUAAAGACUGGGGAUGGAUCGGUAAAUGCAGCUGCCACAGUGCAACUCCUCGUAGACACAUUUCAUAUUGAAGGAAUCGUCCAUUAUGGGAGCGCUGGAGCCGUUAACGAUUCACUCUUGAUCGGCGAUGUUGUUGUGCCUAGCCAAGUCGCCUUCACUGGAUCUUGGGAAUGGAAGAAGUUCGAGUCAAAGAAAGGGCAGCUGAAAUUCGGAGACUACAAUUUCCCAGAAGAAGGGAAAAAUUUGCUGGGAAGCAUAGAAUUCCAGCCAUCCACGUUGUACACCCCAGAUCAAAAGCAGACCAUCUUCUGGCUUCCCAUCAACUCAACCUGGAUCGAAACGGCGACUCAACUUCAGAACAUAGAGAUGCAACAAUGUCUGACAACAGACAGAUGCUUGCCCAGAGCACCAGAAAUUGUCUACGGAUUGAGAACCUCAACUUCUGAUAUAUACAUCCAAAAUGCAGCUUAUAGAGAAUACAUUUGCACAAAAUUCAAAGCCUCAACCGUGGAUGAAGAAUCUGCUGCAGUUGCAUCGGUAGCUCUGUCGAAUGAGGUGCCUUUCAUCGUAUUCAGGGGAGUCUCCAACACCGCCGGUGGUCCUACCGAAUACAAAAGCUAUGGAUAUCUGGGCUCUGUCAAUGCUCUGAAUGCUGCUGUUGGAUUCAUUGGCGCUGUUGGUAGCAGUAGUGGAGGAGCAGCAUCCAUGGCCAACUAUUGAGUGCUGUAAUCAUCCCAACGGUGUGUCGUUUGACGGCUUUGAUUAAUAAGGUUGGCCUUUGGCGUUGAGUGUAAUCGGAAGAUAAUGCGUUUUUGCUUUUGUCUUAAUAAAAGUCUCUCUUAUUUUGAUAGCAAGUUUCCAUGUGAAAAAAAAAAAAAAUAAAAAGAAAUCUCCUUUUUCUCUUCUUUUAUUUUU